AAUUUUGGACAAUCGAGCUUUUGCGUCUUACUGAAAAAACGGAAACGACCAACUAAACAAACUAAACCGGCGAAGGAAAGCGGCGGGCGAGAGCACCGUCUGCAUGAAUCGUUUCUCCCGCCGCAGAAUUGACACGCAGAGAGAGAGAGAGAGAUCCCGCCACAAUAUUCGCGGGGAAAUUUGCAGGGAGAGCAUCGUCGAUCUGAUCGCUUUUUCCAUGGAGAACGAAAGCCCGGGCAGGAGAAAAAGGGCUCGAGAUGAAGAGGCACCACAGGACGAUAGCCUCUCCCUAGAGGACCACCGUACAUUUAGCGAUACAAUGGUUGCACUUAGAAUUAUGCGGACUCAGUUUCCAAAAAUGGAAAAGGUGUCAGUUGAGCCUUUUAUUCUUCGGUCACAAUUAUACAGCAGCGUCAAGGACAGGACUCAAGUUGACAGGGAAUUGGAGUCAUUGAGAAAGGAGAAGGUUUUGCGGAUCUUCAAGUUAAAUACAGGACAAGAUGAUCAGGCUGUCAUGUUUAUGGAUGACUAUUUGAAGCAGAUGGAUUCAGCCGUUAAAAGGGUGAAAGCAAAAGAUCCAGCGGAUGUUGUUGUUUUUGAGUGGUUCAAAAUGUAUGUCAUCACCUCCAACCUUGAUGUUGGUAUUGGGCAUCAUGAGCUGUGUUUUCUCCUAUCAUCGGCAGGCAAUGUGAAAGAUGAUCACAUAUCUCUCUUGAUUAAUGCUGGUCUUGUGACACGCCAACUGGCUGAUUCAGACAUGUAUUGGUUCUCUAUUCCAAAUAUUGGGAGUUUACUCAAGGGACUGUCGCAGGGAAGGAAGGAGCUGAUGUCUUUUAUGAAACGCCGGAAAUACAAGGAGAUGAUGCUGGCCCUCCUUGAGAAGAAGCGGCUCAGAUUUUCGCAGCUUGAUAUAAGGUUUCAUUUGAGGGAUUUGAUUGGCACUGGUCUUCUCAAAACAGUCGAAACUCCAACUGGCUUGCUUGUUCGAGUAGCUAAAGAUUAGUAUGGGUGAUCCCUUUUAUCAAUUCUUUCAUAAUUUCCAUUUGUUAAUACUGAAAAAAAAUUGUGAUUUGUAUUAUGGGAGCACUGCUUCUUCGAAUUCACGAGCAUAUGGAUGCUAAUGCCAUACAGGUACCUGUCCAAGCUCAUGGCUUUAGAUGCUAUAUAACUGUAUUAGCAAAAGAUCAAGAAGGCCUGGAGGUAUUUAGCUGUUUUUUUUAGGAUAGAAAUCAAUCUCAACUCGGGAGACCUAACCUUGGUGGUUUAAGCUGUUAUGCUUGCCUCCCUGGCAGUGAAAAUUCAAGGUAAAGGCUUCUUGAAUACCGAGAACUUUCACCAGGGCAAGCAUGGUGAAGCUCUGCACAUGGGGAUCAAAUGAGGUUUGAACUCUUGACCAGCUAUCUACUGGCCUGAGCUCAUCUCUGGUUGCACUGAUCCAAAAUAUUUGUUUGUCAAAUGUUUGUUACUGAAUAACCAGUCUGUUGGAAAAAUCUAUGGCAGCUGGUAUAGGUGAGGCUGGCUAAUGUGAUCCUUCGCAAACCGUAAGUAGCAGGUCACUCUUAGCUACCUGUUUAAUCUAUUUAUUGCCAGCAGACGGCUGUGGAAUUAUUUCUGUUAGCUCUAGAUUUUUGCCCCACUCUUGUGCCACUGGCACCAUAGAAAAGUGUAAUGUGAUGUUUGGUUUGUUUUAUGCAUCAAUGUAUCACUAUAAAAAGUGGUGGGCUUGUUUAUUAAAAA